GUUAUGAAAGGAGAGAUGUGUACAGUAAAUUAAAUGGCAAGGAUCCCACUCCCCCACCCUCCACUCCCCCACCCUCUCAAUAUGAGAUGGUCUCUGGCACAACAGAGGAGGAUAGAAAGUCAGUACCAGAAACUGAUAAGUCAGGGCCAGUGACAGAAGAGGACAUUUCCAGGGAGCAUUUUGACAUCAAUCAGGCAGAAAGAGAACUACGCAGACAGAUACUGAACGAACAGAUGAGGAGGGAGAAGGCAGCCAGCAUGGAGAGGGAUCGGAUAGAGCAGGAAAAGAGGGAGAAAGUCAGGCAAGAAAAAGAAAGGAAAAGACUUGAAAAACUGGAAAGGCAGAUUGAAAUGCAAAUACAGAUCGAACAUGAGAGAGAAAUUCAAAGGAAAAAAAUGGUCGAGGAAAAAAGGGUUACUCAGAGAGAACAGGAGAGACAGAGACUGCUGGAGUGGGAGAGGAGGAAGACACAGCUCUUAUCAGAGAUGUCCACCGAGACGGAGCAGCCAGGGGACAUAACUACCUCAGGGAAAAAGCUGUGAAUGGAAUCUCAGCUAAAGCAUAUAUAGAGCCUCUUCAUACUGAUUGGGAGCAUUCUUGAAUGAACUUGACUUCCUUAAAUGGCCUCCUAAUGGAUUAGGACUUGUGCGGAGGACCUUCAAAGAAAUACAAUAUAGACAAUGUUUAUAUACAUGUGAAGGAUUGUGACAACAUUUAUCAACCUCUAAUGGAUGUAUCCUGGUGAUACACAGAUAUCAGUAUUGCAUUGGGUUGUGACAAUAUGGUCGCUAGUAAUGGAUGCAUGGUCAUUGAUUGAAAAGAUUUUAUGAUUUUGUGACAUUUAAAAUGUUUUCUUUGAUAUA